AUGGCUCUCAACGUCAUCCUGAACACCGGCGGCAUCGCCGCCGGCCUCGUCCCCCUCGCCUUCAUCCACAAGCCCACAGACCCAGAAAAGCAGACCUCUAUCGCAAUUGGCGUAGGCAGCGGCGGAAGUGUCCCCCACGUCGCCGUCUGGGGCGAAGACGGCAGCCGCAUAACCCAAUUCACCGGCAACGCGAACGGCCACAUCUGCACGGGCGAGACAUGGCAAUCUACCUCCGACAACAAACAAAAUGACGUGAAACCAGCGAAUCCAACGUACCUGUCGAUUGUGAUGCAGGAAGGCGAUGCGAUUUGCGUGGCAAGUGUUGUUGCUUCGGGGAAUGGACAGCAGUGGGUAUGGACGGGCGAUAUGGCGUAUACGUGUGGUGCGCAAUGGAUGGAAAGCAAAUACACCUUCACGCAAUCUAACGUUCCUAUGCGCUGCGCCUGGAUUGAUCGCGAUCAUACGAACAACAUCGUCGCGAAAGGAAUCAGUAUGCACAUCCGCGACUUCACUGCAGACCCCGGGCUGGUCGCCCAGUACCAGAACAACACAGAUCGACUGUGCAAGAACAGCAAGCGCUUGACGUUCCAGCCGGAGCCCAUCGUCCCGGAUUCCGUAAUUGGCUUCUUCAGUCCCGAGCUCGAGUACAGUCAGAACGAGAACGCAAAUGAUCCGACGAAGCCGUCGACGGCAGGCGCGCUGAAGCAUCCGGAUGAAGGGAUCGACAGAGACACUAGCGCCUAUCCCGAUGGAACCAACAUGAACAUCGGCAAGAAUGACAAACGUCACUCCCGGAACUUCAAACACUCGAAGGUCAAAGGCGUCAAGAACUUGAAGUCCGGCACCCUUGUUGUCAGCCACUUCUCGCAGCAUAGCGCGAAGGAAAUGUGCGAGCAUCCGAUGUCUCUGGGCCCGGACUUCGUCUCCGUUGAAGAGAGCGUGUAUUGCGAUAUGGAGACGGCGAAAUGGUGGCCGUUGUGCGAUGCGACGCAUGUCAAGGAUUGCUUCGAUUUGGGGACGCAGUCGCUCAAGGUAGAUGGACCGAGUAAACGAGAUGAUGUGCCGUUGAAGCAGUAUACGAAGCAUGAGGAAUGGGGCCUCACUCAUGAGAAGAGGGCGUUGCUACCGAGGAAGAAGCAUCCUGGAGAUAGGUGCGACCCAAAAGAGUAG